AUGAUCCAAUGGCACGCCGUAGGGCGCCUGCCCGGCACACUCCCUGUUUGCGGGCUGGCACCAGGGGUCUCGCCGCAGCAGGCGCCGCUCGGCGCCUUCCAGCCGCUGAAGCAGCUGCUGGCCCUCGUCUCAGCCGGCCACCGUUACCAGCCUUUGUCAUUGGUGCCUGCAGCGGCUGCGGCCAGCCCCGCGGUCCGCACCCUGGGCACACAGCCGGCAGGUUCCGGGCAGCUGCAGCAGAUUCUGGUAGCCCAGGCCCAGCGGCAGGCGCUCGCCGCGCAGCGCGCCGCGUCGCUGCCUGGCGCACAGCCACAUGUGGGCGGCCUGGCGGCUGGCGUGGGCGGUGGUGUGGCAGCACAGCUGCAAAUCCAGCAGCAACAGCAGCAGCAGCAGCAGCACCUGGCGCGGCAGCACGCAUCCCUGCAGCAGGCGGCGAUCCAGCAGGCGGCGAUCCAGCAGCAACAGCAGCAGCACCAGCAGCUGCAACAGCAGCAGCAGCAGCAGCAGCAGCAGCAGCAGCAGCAGGUGAUCUUGCAGCAUCAGCAACAACAGCACCAGCAGCAACAACAGCAACAGCAGCGCGCUCUGCUACUUGCGCAGCAGCAGCAGCAGCUCCAGCAGCAACAACAGCAACAGCGACAGCUGCUGCUUCUACAGCAACAGCAGCAGCUGCAGCAGCAGUUGCAGCAGCAGCAGCAGCAGCAGCAGCAGCAGCAGCAUCAGCAUCAGCAUCAGCAGCAGCAGCACCCAAAGCAGCAGCAGCUGCUGAUGCUGCAGCAGCAGCAAGCCCUGCUGCUGUCCCAGCAAAAGCAGCAGCAGCCGCAGCAGCAGCAGCAGCAGCCGCAGCAGCAGCAGCAGCAGCAGCUGCAACUUCAGCAGCUGCAGCAGCAGCAUGUGCUGCAACAGCAACUGCAGCACCUCAAACUCCAGCAGCAAUUGCAGCAGCAGCAGCAGGUGCAGCAGCAGCAAUUGCAGCAGCAACAGUUGCAGCAGCAGCAAUUGCGGCAGCAGCAGCAGCAGCAGCAGCAGCAGCAGCAGCAGCAGCGUGUGGCAGGCACCCCCUCCACGGCUAGUCCCGUCGCCGCUCGGCAGGCCCUUGCUGCCCAGGACUCUGCUCCUGUGCCAGAGCAGGCCCUCGUGUCACAGGACCAGACGGGCCCUCAGCAGGCACAGGCCCACGCACUGGGCCCGACCAUGACUGCGGCCGGCCUGCAGCCGCUGGCUGGGCAGCCUGGCGCGGCACCGUCGCAGUCACACAGCCUGGCUGCCACGCAGCCCCCCGCGUUCCCUCUGCCAGCGGCACCGCCCGCCGCGACGCUGGCGCAGGCGGCGCAGGCCGGGCCCGCCGCCUCGCCCGCUUUGCCCGCGGCGCCCCUCGCUCACGCGCCGCCGCGCCUCAACGGCGUCGCCCACCACUCUGCCGCGCCGCCAGGCCCCAUCGGCGGCGCCGAAGUGGCGUCCCCCUCGGCCGCCUCGACGCCGAGCGACAUCCUUGGCGCGGGCCCCGCCGGCGCGGCCGCCGGCGGCGCGGCGAUCGACGACCUGUUGUUCGAAUUGGUGGAGGAGGUGGCUGUCGCGGCCGGCGAGCCCCGCGGCGCGCCGCGGCCGUCGUCGUCACCGGCCGCGGUCAGUGUGGGCGGGGGCACGACGAUUGUGGAGGUUCUGGAUGGCACGCACCUCCCGCCAAUCAAGGUCGCGCGCAGCCCGGGCGCAGACGGCGCCGCGCCCGGCGGCGCCGCGGCUUCUGCGGCCACCGCCGCCGCGGCCGCCGUCGGCGCGCCGGGCCUUGGCAGCAUGGCGGCGCUGCUGCCGGGCGGCCCUCUGCAGGGGGCGGCGCUGAUUCAUGGCCAAGCAGGCGGGGUGCUGGCUGGCGGCGCGGAGGGGCUGGUGAACCCCGGGGCCCUGGUGCCGAACCACAUGCAGGAUGCCCUCGCCCGCUUGGCGGCUGCACAGCAGCUGCAGGCGCAGCAGCAGCGCCUGCAGCAGGUGCAGGCGGCGCUGCAGGCGGCGGCGCUCCAGGAGCAGCGCGAGAAGCUGCUGCGGCAGCACCAGGCGGCGCUGCAGAUGCAGCAGCAGGAGCGGCGCCAGCAGCAGGCGCUGGCGGCGCAGCAGCUGCUGGCGCAGCAGCAGGCGGCGCUCGCGGCGCAGCAGCAGGCGGCGCAGCAGAACCAGGAGCGGCUGCAGCUGCUGCGGGCGCAGGUGGUGCUGCAAGAAAGGCAGCGCCAGGUCAGCGCCCUCGCGCAGCAGCAGGCGGCGCUCAAGGCCGCGGGGCGCCCCACUGACGCCGCCGCGCUGCAGCGGGUGCAGGCGCAGCUGGAGAUGCAGCUCGCGCAGCACCAGGCGAUGCAGCAGGCACUGCAGCAGCAGCAGCAGCAGCAGCAGCAGCAGCAGCAGCAGCAGCAGCAGCAGGUGCCAGCGCAGCCUGAUUCGCAGGCACAGCAGCUGGCUGCCCUGCUAGCGCAGCUCCAGGCGGCGCAGCAGCAACAGCAGCAGCAACAGCAGCAGCAACAGCAGCAGCAACAGCAGCAGCAGCAACAGCAGCAGCAACAGCAGCAGCAACAGCAACAGCUGCACCAACAGCAGCACCACCAGCAACAGCUGCACCAACAGCAGCAACAGCAGCAGCAGCUGCAGCUGCAACAGCUGUUGCAGUCGCUGGUCAACUCUGGUUCGGCAACGCCAGAGGCCCCCCCUGCCCCGGCCCCUACGCCCCCUGCGCCGUUCGCUGCCUCGGCGCCACAAGACAUCCCGCAGCUUCCGGCCCCGUGGGCCGCCCUGCCGCCCCCCUCUGCGGCGCCGCCGGCCCAAGCGCCUGCCCCUGCCGCCGCGGCGCCGCCCGGCGGCGCGCAGGAGGCGCCAGAUGAGGCUAUGUUGCGGGGCCUCGUGGAGCUGCUGGGUUCUGACCCCCAGGCACUGCAGCGGCAGUUGCAGCAGCAGCAGCAGCAGCAGCAGCAGCAGCAGCAGCAGCAACAGCAGCAGCAGUUGCAGCAGCCGUUCUCCGCCAGCGCCAACGCGCCCGCAUCCGCUGUCGGACCCAGCUCGGGCUGGGCGCCGCCCGCCGGCGCCCCUGCGGCCACGGCCCCGGCACACGGCUCGGGUGCGCCCGCCGCGCCGCCGCCAGCCCGCGCGUCGCCCGCCCCGGCGGGGGACGGCGGGGAGGACUCCGCGUCGGAGCAACUGCGUCAGCUUUUGGGCCUGGGGCUGCCGGAUGACGAGCACUCGAUGCUGUCGCAGCUGCCCUCCUGGCUGCUCAGCGAUGACGUCAUCGACCAAGGCGCCGCGCCCGCGCCAGGCCGCGGCGCGCCGGCGUCGGAGACGCCCCGGCGCCCGGCGGCGCCGGACGCGACGGGGGGGGCCGAUGGCUGGGCGGCGGCUGGCGCCGCGUGGCGGGACGGUGCAGCGCGGGGGCCGCCGGGUGGCGGGGUGGAGACGCUUGGAGAGGGGCUGCCGCUGCAGCAGUCGGCGCAGCCGCCCUCUCUGCGCGACCCUGAGGAGGGCUGGCCAGGCCAGGAGCACGACAGCCAGCCACUUCCCCCGCCGCCGCAGCAGCAGCAGCAGCAGCAGCAGGAGCAGCAGCAGCAGCAGCUUCUGCCGGCCGACGACGCGGGAUGGAUGGCGGCGAUGGCAGCAUAG